CCUCUCAGUUAAUGUGAUUUAACUCAAUUGCUUUAAAUGUGAAAAAUGCAAACCGCACUGUCCUUCACACAAACUGUAAUUUCUUUCAUAAAGAGAUUUACAUGACACUUCUACAUUGUAGGGGUGUUUAACAAAGUUCAAUUUCCAAUAUGGUAGGAGAGGUUGUUGUUGUUGAACGGAUUGUUGUCAUGUCCCCGCAGUGCCUGUAGUGGUGCUGUGAGGAGUCUGCUGUGGAUCCAACAAAAAUCCUCAGCAGCCUACCUACUGCUUGUAAUUUGCUGUGGAUAGCCUAUAUUUACAUGCAUCCUUAUUUCAAGAUAUACCGAGCUCGAUGAAGAUAACUGUUACUAUCCUGUCUCGAAUAUCGAUGUACAAAUAGCCUAGCUGAUUCUAAUAGACAUUUCGGCCGUCUAUCUGGAGCGAAUACCUUACACAGCCCAUACCAAUUCAAGCUGAUGUUGUCAAGAACAAGAGUCACGUGAUGUAUGAAGGCAAACACAUACACUUCUCAGAGGUGGACAAUAAGCCGUUGUGCUCGUACAGCCCAAAGCUCUGCAAGCAGCGCAGACUAAAUGGCUAUGCUUUCUGUAUCCGGCACGUUUUGGAGGAUAAGACGGCCCCCUUCAAGCAAUGUGAAUAUGUGGCCAAGUACAACAGCCAGCGAUGUACCAACCCCAUCCCCAAGUCUGAAGACCGCAGAUACUGUAACAGCCACCUGCAGGUUCUGGGCUUUAUCCCCAAGAAGGAACGGAAAAAGAAACAUGAUGCUUUGGAGGAAAUGCGCUCACGGGCUCACCUGGAGUCAGUGGCUCUCAACAUAACUGUGCCCUCUCUAGCUCUGAAAGCUCCCAAUGGUCUAGAUGAACUUCCACCAUCUCCCCCAUGUACACGCCUGUUACCCCUCCCUGAUGGGGAACUCCUGGACCCUUUUGCCUUUUAUGAGGAUGACACAGAUGGGGAGGAGGUGGGUACUCCUCGGAAGGGCAACGCCAUCAAGAAGAAACUACAGAGUCGGCUGGUGCUCAACCAGAAACUCUGCCAUGAUACAGACAUCUUCCAGCCACCUCCUGAGCACUUUAAUCCCUCCCCCAUCGCCCGUGUCCACCCCUCCUCGCCGCUCAAUACUCAUCUCCCACGGCAGCAGUCAGGUCUUCUCCAGCCGCCCCAGCACUCCAGCGUGACUUCCUUCAUCUUCCCAGGACAGCAGCAGGGUUUAUUAUGCAAUCCAUCACCACCUCAGACAGUCAACUUUCUGCCUCCAGGGAUGCCCGCUAAUGCAGCACCCAGUCCAGUGCAACCUUCUGGGCCAUCACUCAGCAGGAAAAUGCCUUUCACUGCUACUCACUUGCCUGUCAGUUGCAAGGAAAGUGGCAGUAACAAUCAGCGGCAUGUGGUUGUCAUGCGCCCCGCUGCCUUCUCACCUUCUGUCAGCUGCCUGGCCAGGUUGCAACAUCUGGUCCAGCUCUGUGCCAAGAGACACCGGGAGCAUGGUGACCUCUUUCCUCACCUAGGAUUGGACUGGUCAGAAGACAGUGCUGAUGAUGAUGAUGAUGAAGAGGAGGCAGAGACAUUUGUUCCUUUCCAGAGUUCUUGGAGACCACAGAAUGGGCUGGAAGACGACAGUGGUUCCUCACGCAGAACACGGCUACUUAGGCUUUGCUCGUACCUCCAGGAGAAAUACAAGCACAUGUGCAGGGAAGAGAGGGCGAGUAUCCGCCAGAAGAGAUACCGCUAUGCCUUCCGCAAAGCCUUGCUGCACGCUGCCAGUAACAGCCCAGACUGUGCUGGGCAGCUGAUCCAGGAGUUUCGUGGUGCCUCUCGAAGCUCCUCAAGUGUGGCUCCAGCAAGGCAGCGGAACACAGAUACAGUGACCUGCACUGGCAGCACAAAGGGCCAGGCCUGCAACAACAGGGCUCUGCCCUUCACUCGACACUGCUUUCAGCACAUUCUGUUGAAUCGUUCCCAGCAGCUCUUUGCUAGUUGCACAGCCAAAUUUGCAGAUGGUCAGCAGUGCUCCAUCCCUGUGUUUGAUAUCACGCACCAGACACCACUCUGUGAAGAGCAUGCCAAAAAAAUGGAUAACUUCCUGCGAGGGGAUGGUAACAGACGAGUGCAGCACCAGCAGCAGCAACAACGUAAGCCACGUAAAAAGACCAAACCACCGGCGCUCACCAAAAAACACAAGAAGAAAAGGAGGAGAGGGCCGCGGAGGCCUCAGAAACCCAUCCCUCCAGCGUUGCCACAGGGGAACCUGGGAAUGCCUUCUACAAGCCUAGCAAUGCCCUCACAGGCCAGCAUCAGGAGCCCUUCAACUCCAGACCUGAGUACAGAGGAGCUUCCUGACGACAUCACCAAUGAAAUGGCAGACAUUCCAAAUGACCUUGAGCUAAACCAGGAGGAUUUCUCCGACGUGUUACCCAGACUACCUGAUGACCUGCAGGACUUUGACUUGUUUGAAGGUAAGAAUGGGGAGUUAUUGCCCACCACGGAGGAGGCUGAGGAGCUGGUGCGUGCACUGCAGGCUAUGGGGUCCUAUCCAGACUCUUUGGUGUGCCUGACCUCCAUGGGAGACCUGGCCCCCUCUGAAGGAGUGGACCACCGAGCUAUGACUGUGUUCCCUGGUACGGUCCAGCCAGGGGGCAUGGGGGACCUGCUCAACAGCCGCAUCCCUACAGAGAACUUCACCAGCCUCGAGCUGGAGGACAAUCUACUGCAGUCCACUGGGGGUCACUUUCCCCCCUCACCGCCAUCUCAGCCCGCUAACCAGCCCCCGACGUCGUGCUCCAACCUGACCUCAUCUUCUUCUACCGUAGCCCCCUCCACCACCUCCCUGCUCACUCAGACCUCCAUAACAGAGCGAACGUUUUCCCGGACCCACACAUCCCAUGUCCUGGCCAAGCCGGAAGCACCCACAUCAUCUCCCCAAGGCAGCCACUACAGCAGUGAGCACGUGCCAUCCCCAUACAGUGACCACAUAUCUUCUCCCCAUGCCAGCUCCUUCCAGACAGACACCCCUAUGCUGUUGGAAGUCCCUCUCAGCGGGGUACCAGGACCCCCACGCUCAUCAUGGAACAAUCUCCCUCUCCCCCUCACCGACCCCACACAGUUUGGCAAUCUCAUAGGUUCAGAAAGUCAUCUCAUAUCCACCUCCCUGUCCACUCCCCCGGCCACCACCCACUCUGUGACGCUGCAGCCCAUGGCUGCACUCUCAGCGAUGCCCCAGAGUGGCUUGACAGGUUUAACGACUCCCCCUGCCCCCUCAUCCUCCCUCCCAUCCUCUUCACAUGAUCUUCUGACCUCCACACAGCCCAAGCAACAGCUCCCUCAGUUCAGCGCGGCCUUUGGCCAUCAAUUGGCCUCCCACAGUGGCAUCCCGAAAGACGUGCAGCCGAGCCACAGCUCCACAGCGCCCCCCGCUGGCUUUUCCAUAGUUAGUGCCACCGCUGCAAGUGCCAACAGCGCUACACCACCCUUCGCCCAAAGUAAAUGAGAUCAGGCGGCCUGCAGCGGCUGCAUGAUGGCGUGUGGACUCACAGUCUCUUACAAUCCAGUCGACCAGCUUCUGAUUGACCACCCCUCUUCAUCUGCUAGAUGUGUGCAAUGUGGUAAUAGUGCACUAUUUGGUAAUGAAUUUGCACAACCUCAGAUUUUCCUCAAUAUUUUCUAUUCUUUUAUUCUGCAGCCAGACGGUCUCUGGGAUUUUAAGUCAGUGUGAGUCCACUAGUCUGAUGCCUUGUGGUUUUCGUCAGCAGGGGGUAACAGUCAGAUUUGGCGAUGAAAUAAACGGGUGAAAAUUGGCGGAAGGACCUUUAGCAGAGAGAUUGUGUCACAGUGCUCAGAAUUCAUUGACAUAGGAGGCUCAGUCAGUGGUCGCUUUGUUUGCUUUGCCAGUUAAAGUCCUGUCUUUAAAUGAUCAACUGUACCCUGCCUUGCUCAGAUGGCCAUUUGCAUUUUUAUUUCUCCACCUGUUUCAUACACUGCUUCUGUCACCCUCUGAAAAACAAGAGUACAGGUUGUGAUAUUUGUGACCCAUUAUGUUUCAAGCUAUUUAACUGUUAUCAUGAUAUAGAAUCUUACUGAGUCAGAUUUCACACUCAUAUGAAUUUACCAAAAUACUUUUAAACAGCUGUUUUUAUAUUGUGUAUACUGUAUAUGUGCUCAUUUAUUGGUUUGCUCAGACAUCAAAAUCUCUGACCUCACCAUUGGUUGUGGGACUCUGGGUGGCCUAGUAGACACUUGAAGGUAAAUAUAGUUUCUUAAAGCAAUAAACACAUUAACAUAACUCUAGCGUUGUAAGGUAUUUUAUUGGUCUCAUUACAUGUAGCUUCAGUUGCUGAAUCCAGGCUGGAUCAGGAAUAUAUUUUGGCCUCUAUAACUGUUGUAAACCUUUUAUUUUACAGCAGUUUCACUCAGAACGAGAGCCUAUAGAGACCAGAGAUCAGGUCAGCCUAACUUCUUCUCUCAGGUCAUACUGAGUGGAUUAGGCUAAUAAAUGAGUUUUAGUGUUAAUGAUAGGGGUGAUGAUGGCGUAAUCCAGGGACUUGAAGUGUCUACUCUCAAAGGUGCUCUCUGGUCCACAUAUACAAUGGUCAUUAGUGACUUUCAUGUCUCAUUAUAGGCAGUUUCAGGACUCCAAGGAAACCCACUAUAAGACGUCAAGGCCGGACUACCCAGAGAAGACGUAGGUAGGGAUUUAAAUGGUGUAAAUUGGUGUGUUGAGCACGUCUGAGGUAACGCAAAGUCUGUUUUACUCUAAAACUCUAAAAUGAUUUUAAGCUAAAUGAUGCAAACUUGGGGUCAAAUUUUAAUUUUAGAAAAUGAGAGCUCCUCCACUGUCAAUGACUCAUACAGCAGUACAACCAUGACUUUUGAUAUUAUAUUAGACAGAUUGUCAGGCAUUGUUGAGUAUUAGGUAUAUAGAGUAGCAGUCUCUAUCUUGGGGUUUGUUGGUGAAUUAUUGAGUAGCAAUGGAUUGAAAUUAUUUGCAAUGUAUUCAGUGGAACCUGUGUCUUGUAGAAUGAGUCUCUUGUUUUUAAUGGCUAUCAAAAUGGUUGUAAGUUCUCUAUUGAAGUUGGAGGGAUCAAUGUUUGUAUGCUGUGUAUACUGUCAUUUUGUUUUUAAUAAUAUUCUGAUGGAGAGUAUUUUUGAUAGCUAUUAAACUCCAGAAAGAAGUCUGAGGUUGCAUGGGGCAGCGACCUUGUGUGUGAAAGCAUUAUAAUAUCAAUAUUAGAUUAUGGUCACUGGCUUGAUUCUUGGUGAUAUGAAACAUAGGAAUAUCUGCAUCGCCAUUUCAUUUCAUUUUGUGGAGGAAAAAAAAAGAUCAACGUACAGUAUGUUGUUUUUCAACAUAGAUUUGCACAGGAGUGGAUGAGGCUGGUGGUAUUUCACGUGUCCCGUGUCUGUCUUGCCUUUUUUUUUUUUUUUUUUUUUUUUUUUUUUUUUUGCUUGGACGCUCAUUAAAUGAACAGCUGCCAUCAUUACCAGCUCUGAGCCUGCACCAGACCCCCAUUUCCAGCUGUGAGAAGGCCCAGUUCUGUCUCUCCCUUCCAAAGAGAAAACACAUUAUGAAGUGUAAACCCGUAGCUCCACCAGAGACGACUGGGCUUCUCAGCGACUGCAGUGUUUUCACUAAUAGUCAUAAACACAGUGACCCGAAAAGUAAAAGAAAAGAAAAAAAAAAUCAGGUUUGAUGAAAAAUGUUUUCAAGGCAUUACUGCUGUAUCCACAUAGCAUGAGAUUAGUCACUGCACCAGUUCACUCCCAAAAACCACAGUAGAACAAAAUUAACAGGGCUCGUACUGUAGGCACAUUUAACUGCUUGAAUUCAGAGAUGGCUGACAAAUUCCUAUACUCAUUGAAUGUACUGUAUUUCUGUUUUUAAAGAUAGGAUGAGCUAAUCUAGUCACCUUUUGUUAUUGGUCCUUGUUUAAUUUGUCUAAGGUAUUUUUUGUAUACAAAGGUUUACAUUUUUAUGUAUAUUUUUCUUGUGUACAAAUUAUGUAAUAUGUGUACAAACACUGUAUGUAAUAUCUGUAUAUAGUGUGAGAAAUUUGAUCUUUUGUUUUUGGAUGUAUAAAUAAAACUUGCUGUGCGGUA